CCACGGUCUCUCAACUAGUCUCCAUUCACCCUCCGGACGCGACAGUCGUGUGUUCUGUGUGUUUUACUGUGUACUUUUGUGUACUCUACAAUACUGCCGUGUGUACACUGUGUAUUGUGUAUUUUAGUGUGUGUUUUUGGCAUUUUUUCUUGACCAGGUCAAAAUAAUGCCGUAACAACGCUCGUCCCCCCUGAACUCCGGCAGUACAUUGCCGCGAUGACGCGCUACGUUCGCGCGCUCUGCGUGUGCGCAGCGCUGUUAGUUCUCGCGACGCUCACCCGUGGCGCUACUUGUCCUUGGGCUUGUUCUUGUAGGGCGGCGGCGGCGGAUUGUGCUCAUAGAGGGUUGCUGCAUGUGCCUAAGAGAUUGCCUACUGAUUCGCAUCGGUUGGAUCUACAAGGCAAUAACAUCACGAUAAUAUUUCAGAGCGACUUUCAAAAUCUGAAGGACUUGAAAACAUUACAAUUAUCAGAGAACUUGAUCCACACAAUUGAGAGGGAUGCCUUCUUAGAACUCAACGGCUUAGAACGACUGAGACUGAACAAUAAUCGUCUGGGACAUUUACCAGAGGGGCUUUUUUUACGGUUGAGACACCUCCAACGGCUGGACCUGAGUCGCAAUGAGCUGACUGCCAUCAGCCGAAGGACCUUCCGAGGCUUGACGGCCUUGAAGAGUUUGCACCUGGAUGGAAACCAUCUGAAGUGUAUUGAUGAGAAGGCUCUGGAGAAUUUGAAGAGUCUUGAAGUUCUAACACUAAACAACAAUAAUCUAACAUACCUCUCUCUGGAGCCGGCUGCGAUUUCGCGACUGAACACGCUGCGACUGACCGACAAUCCUGUCGUGUGCGACUGUCGUGUCGCACGGCUAGCUACGACGGUACGAGCUGCGGGGAUUCUUGGAGUUGGGGCCAGAUGCCAGGCGCCUGCAGCAUUGAGAGGAGCACUGUUGACAGAAUUGGAAACCCAUGAGCUCAUUUGCAGCGGGCCCACAACAACAACAACGGUAGAAUGUUCAGCGGAGCCCCGCUGCCCGCCACCAUGCCGCUGCACUCCUGAGGGUACGGUCGACUGCAGAGAGAAGCUGCUCUCAGAACUGCCGGCAACCAUUCCUCAUAGGGCUACUGAGAUCCGCCUAGAACAGAACGAGAUAACAGAAGUCGGCGCGGGCGCAUUCUCCUCCGUAAAGAGAGUCGCAAGGAUCGACCUCUCUAAUAACAAGAUCACGAAGUUGGCUGCAGAUGCUUUUACUGGGCUAGUGCAUCUCACUUCAUUAGUAUUAUAUGGAAACAAAAUAAAGGACCUACCUUCUGGAAUAUUCCAUGGAUUAUCAUCACUACAGUUAUUAUUAUUGAACUCAAAUGAAAUUACCUGUGUAAGAAAAGAUACUUUACGUGAUCUACAGAAUUUGAAAUUAUUAUCGUUAUACGACAAUAACAUAAGGUCGUUACCAAAUGGGACAUUCGAUGCUUUGACUGAAAUUCAGACUUUGCAUUUAGGUCGCAAUCCGUUCGCCUGCGACUGCUCUCUACGUUGGCUGGCGGCGUAUCUUCGCAAGAACCCCAUAGAGACUUCUGGAGCGAAGUGUGACUCUCCUAAACGGAUGAGCAGGAAGAGAAUUGACGCUUUAAGAGAGGAGAACUUCAAGUGUAAACCGGGCGAGGAGUCAGGCUCGGCGUGCGGCGGUGGCGCGGCGUGCCCGAGCGCGUGCGCGUGCGAGUGGGGCGCGCGCGCGGUGGCCGUCACGUGCGCGCGCGCCGCGCUCGCCGAGGUGCCGCGCGACCUGCCGCUCAACACUGACGCGCUGUUGAUGUCAGACAACAGCUUGGGUCAGAUCAAAUCAGAUGGACUGUUUGGCAGACUGCCUGACUUAACGAAAUUGGACUUGAGGAACAAUGGUAUUACUCUGAUAGAAGACAAUGCGUUCGACGGUGCUGCCAACAUUCAGGAGUUGCUGCUGGACGGCAACCUGAUACAAACUGUGUCAGAUAAGAUGUUCUUUGGGCUGCACAGUUUAGGAGUACUAUCUCUGACGGAUAAUAAGAUCAAAUGCAUCACUCCUGGAGCGUUCGAUCACCUCACUAUGUUAUCCACAUUGAAUUUGGAGUCCAAUCCCCUGGACUGUACAUGCCAUAUAUCCUGGCUGCCCAACUGGCUCCGAAGUCGGCGGCUAUCACCGUCAGCGACUUGCAGGACCCCAGCAGCACUCAGAGACGCGAACCUGCAACAUUUGGAAGUCUCCGACUUUAAGUGUACACCGGAGGACAAGGGCUGCCUGUCAGCGGAGUACUGCCCGUCAGUGUGCGCGUGCGCGGGCACGGUGGUGCGCUGCUCGCGCGCACACCUCGCGCACGUGCCCAGCAACAUACCCAAGCAGACUACUGAACUCUACCUAGAAUCCAACGACAUAACCUCGAUUCUCCCGGAGCAAAUCCGCCAUCUCACGCAGCUGACGCGACUGGAUCUAUCCAAUAAUAAGAUUAGUGUGCUCACCAACGAUACCUUCGAAGGUCUCACCAAGUUAUCUACGCUUAUCGUCAGCUAUAACAAGCUGAGAUGUGUUCAGCGUGACGCUCUCAAAGGUCUGACACAGCUGAGAGUGCUCUCACUUCACGGUAACAAUAUCUCUAUGCUCGCUGAUGGCGUCUUCAGGGAUCUGGAGUCUAUUUCUCAUGUUGCACUAGGCUCAAACCCUCUCUACUGCGACUGCCACGCCCGCUGGCUCUCAGAAUGGGUGAAGAGCGCGGGUGAAUACGUGGAGCCCGGCAUCGCGAGGUGCUCCGAGCCCGCCGCUAUGAGGGACAAGCUCAUACUCAGCACGCAGUCCAGCGCUUUUGUUUGUAAAGGAACGCCCCCAGCAGAAGUGAUCGCGAAAUGCGACAGUUGUCACAGCAGCCCCUGUCGCAACGGCGGCACCUGUCGCGCCCGCGCCCGCGGCGGCCACGAGUGCGCCUGCGCGCGCGGGUACCAUGGCGACGCCUGUCAACAUCAUAUCGAUGCCUGCUAUGGAUCCCCUUGUGCUCAUGGCGUUUGUAGGGUGCUUGAAGAGGGGAGAUUUCACUGCUCCUGCCAACCCGGUUACACAGGAGCUCGCUGCGAGGUCAACAUCGACGACUGCGUGGCGAACAAGUGUCAGAACAACGCGACCUGUGUCGACCACCUCGAGGGGUACUCCUGUAGAUGUGCGCCUGGGUUCAUGGGUGAAUUCUGCGAGAAGAAGAUCCCCUACUGCACGAAGGAGUUCAACCCUUGUGAGAACGGAGCCGUUUGUACUGAUCACCACAGCCACUACACCUGCGCCUGCCCCAAGGGCUACUCCGGACAGAACUGCACUGUCAACGCUGAUGACUGCAUCAACCAUAUGUGUCAGAACGGUGCAACAUGCGUGGACGGGCUCGACGAGUACCGGUGCGCGUGCGCAGGCGGGCACGCGGGCCGCUACUGCGAGGCGGCCCCGCACGCCGCGCUCGGCACCUCGCCCUGCGCGCACCACGACUGCGUGCACGGCGUAUGCUAUCUGCCGCAGCCGCAGCCACAGGAUGACAUCAUAAUGGAUCGUCCUCUAAUGAGUUCAGCCAAUGAUUACCUCUGCAAGUGUGCACCUGGAUAUUCAGGCCGUCUCUGUGAAUAUCUGACUUCUCUUACGUUCAGUCACAAUGAUUCUCUGGUAGAAUUGGAACCGCUGAGAACUACGCCUCAAGCCAAUGUCACAUUGGUAUUCAGCACAACACAAUUACAUGGAGUGUUGAUGUACUUCGGCGAGAACGAGCAUCUUGCCGUCGAGCUGUUCAAUGGACGAAUCCGGAUCAGCUAUGAUAUAGGCAACCAUCCCACCUCUACUAUGUAUAGUUUUGAGAUGGUGUCGGAUGGCAACUACCACAAGGCAGAACUGAUAGCUAUCAAGAAGAACUUUACUCUGAAAGUAGACGACGGUCCAGCCAGAUCUAUCAUCAAUGAAGGUCCCAAGGAAUACCUUCGAUUGGAAAGGCCGAUGUAUCUCGGUGGAGUGCCAGAAGAUAUCGCUAAGGAAGCGUUCAGCAAAUGGCAUCUGCGAAACAUCACCAGCUUUAAAGGAUGUAUGAAAGCAGCCUGGAUAAACCACAAGCGAGUGGACUACGUGAACGCGGUCCGAGUCCAGCGCACCUCAGCCGGCUGCGGCGAAGAUGAGCCCACCAGCUCCAUGGCAGCUACUGUGUUCGUGCAGGAGGACGCUGGGAGACAUAACCAGGAUCCCUGCGUACCCAACCCGUGUGCUCGUGGCGGACGCUGCGUCCGCGAGGAAGGUUCGCCGUCCGACUACACUUGUCGCUGCCGAGCCGGCACUGCAGGCCCUCAGUGUGAGCUUAGGGCUUCUAUCAGUGGAGCUCCAGUGAUAACGCAAGGCAGUAAGAUGGCGCAGCGCAAGCAAGCCAUCAGCAACGUGCAAGCCUCGCCAGCUGCCCCCUCUCACAAGCAGCAGAUGCCGUCAGAACAUGGACCCUCACAAGCUACACCAACUGGGGCUUGUAGAAAGGAAGCGACCCGCGAAGUUAUAACAGAAGGUCUGUGUCGGUCGCGACGCGCCGUGCGCGGGGCGCGCUGCGUGACGCGCGCGGUGACCGCGGGGGCUGCGGGCGCCGGGGGAGGAGGGUGUGCUAAGGGACACUGCUGUGCUCCUAGGAAGACUAAGAAGAGAAAGAUAAGAUUAAUCUGCUCGGACGGCACGAGAUAUACCAAAGAUAUAGAAAUAGUCAGGAAGUGCGCCUGCGGGAAGAAAUGCCCGCGAAACAACCCUUUCCACUGAAAGACUGACCAUGUCAUUACCCCCAUGUCAUAAACUUCCCCAGUCAUAAACUUCCCCAGUCAUAAAAUUCCCCAGUCAUAAACUCCCCCGGUCAUAAACUUCUCCCGUCAUAGUCAGAGAUAAAAUCUGACUUUUCAGUGUUUCCAUACUUAAAAAGGUUUACAUAGGACACAUGGUAGAAUUUUAUUUGUAAGUCAAUUUAAUAUUAAAUAAACGGCCUUAAUUUGUUUAUUUGAAGAAAAAAACUGUAUUAAGUAACAAGUUAACAAUAAACAAAAAUUGAUUUUCAACGGGAAAAUUCAUAUUCGAAAGUACAAACGCCUUUUAACAUGGCAACACAGAUUAUCAACGAGUUCACCCUGGCAAUAGACAAUAAAUCACGCUUUUUUAAAACAUACAUAAUACCAACCUCCUUACAAAAUGUAUAAUUGUAGCAUUUAUAUAAAAAAGUAGAUUUUAGAAACAUUUUAUGGAUUUUUUGCAUCGUAAAUUAUCCUAAAGAUGGUUUUUAAACUUUAAAAUAAGAUUAAAUUACUCAUACAGUUAAAAGUUUGUAUUUUCUUGUUAAUAAACUGCAUUUAAAAACAUUAGAAUUUACUAUAUUUUUACCGACUUCCCAAAAAGGAGGAGGUUGUUAAUUCGAAUACUUUUUUUUCAUUCUUAUAUUUUGUCAGAAAUUAUCAUUAGUCUAAACCUGUGUAAUAGGUAUUUUGAUUAAUUUUACCUAUAUUAUCAUUUAAACUUAUGUACCAAUUUCAACAUAAAAAAAGAAAUAUUGUAGGUAUUUAUUAAUUUAUGAGAUUUUUUUGAGAACGAAAAUAAUUGCAGUUUAUUAAAGAAAAAUACAAUAAAUGAUUAAGGAAACGAAUUUAUCCCCCCAUUUCGGAAAUAAGAAUUAUACACGAAAGUAGUGUCGGCCUAAAUGUGUAGAGUAGGCAUUUAUAUCCAAUAAUAAUAACCUAGAAAUAUAAUCUAUUUUAACAUAGACGAAUAUUCAACAAAAAAUACCCACCAUUUUGUAAAAAAACCGUUUUCACCCACAGACAACCUACCUAUAAAGGUUUAUAUCAUUUAUUUUCAUUAUCAUUUUUUAGUAGUACCUAAGGGUACGUUUUAAUGCCAACUGCCGAUCGCACAUGCCGCGACUGCAUGAAGUCGGCCGCAGCUGCACUACUGGUUUGUAUGUAUUCACAUGAAACCGUUUAGGAACGGGGCGGCAGUUGCAGCCGACAGUUGGCAUUGAAAACGUACCUUUAGUGUUUUUUUGUUUUAUUAAAUCACUCUUGUAUGUUAGUACCUAAUGUCUUACCUUUAUAAAUAGACAUAAUACUUAAAGUAAAAUACACAUACCGUAAAGAAAAUAUAACACAUGCACCUCGGUUUUUUUAUAACUCAAAAAUCGUAAUGUAUUGUAAAAUACAACUCUGAAAUCAAUUGUGUUUUCGAGGUAAAAUACGCUUAAAUAAUUCUGCAUAUAAAAAGUAUUAAUUUAUAAUUAUUUUUAAAAACCUUUUGAAAAUGUAUGAGGCUCUUAAUUUUAUGGAAAAACAAAACGUUGGUAUUGAAAUUAUUGUAAAUUGUAAGUUUAUUUUUAUUACAAUUAUUAAAAUGAACAUUGAUUUAUUAAAAAUUAAUGUUUUAUCCAGCAAUAUCAUAAAAAUAAUAAUAAAAUAUAAAAUCCAUGACAAAAUUGCAUAAAAAUAUUUGCAAUAAAUAAAUGAUAUCGUUGUGUUCAUUUCAUGUAAUUAAACUAUUUAUUAUUAAUAAUAUAAUUAUUAUUUCAUAUGUUGUUUAUUUUUUAUAUUAAUAUUAUUUAAGUUAGCUUUUAGGUAUUAUGUAAUCUGUAAUCUAUUGGCGUUUAAAUUAAUUAAGAGAAUAAUAAAUUAUCAGAAUAGUAGAAAUUUAAAUUUUUAGGCUUACAACAUUAUGGUUAUUUUGUUUAAGAAAUUGGAAAUUGACAACUUUUUAAUUACAAAAUUAACUUACACCAUACUUUAGUAAUUUCUAGUCUCUUUAGUGAAGCUUUGAAAGUAAUAAUAUCUCAAUAAUCAUGUUUUUAUGGCUAUUCCGUUUAUCCAUAACAUUUGAAAAAAGAGGCUCGCAGGAGGUAUAAAACCUUUUUAUUAAAGUUAAGAUGCAGAAAAUCUAACUAUAAGAUUUUCAAGAUCUUUUUGUAACUGUAUUCAAAGAACUAUUUAUUUAGUUAAAAAACGCUAACUUACCCAAAAGUCUACGUUUCAGUAUCUUUUUUUAUUUAACUUCGUUUAUUUCCAAUUUAAAAGUGAAAAAACUUAUCUAAACACAAUCUUGCCAUCUUAAAAACGUUUAUAUUACUUAUUUAUGUAAGUUAGCUUUAAGAAAAUAACUUGAAAAGUUAUAGAAAGGAAUAAUACACAACUACAUAUGUAAAGUCCUCGUAAGGUAACUUUGCCGUCCCGAAGUUAGCUACUAGCAACUUCACGGUAGUCAAAAUGUACGAACAAAAUACUACCGCGCAUGUGCGAGGCGUCAAACAGCUAACUUCAGAGAUGCAAAGUUAUAUGACAAGAGCUAAACUAUUCUUUUCUAUAACUUCAAAAGUUAGCGCCUCAUAUCUUUUUUUUAGAGAUUUUGUAAAAAAAGUAAACUUAUAUGAAGUAUAGAUAAAGUAUUUAUAAUAUUAUGUUGCUGAAUCAGCUUGUAAAGUAAUUUUAAGUAGGUUUAUAAGGAAAUAGUUUAUUGUGUUAUCUGUUGUCUUUAAAUAUUUUAAUAGUUACCCGACUGCUGAGAAAAGUAUUGAGUUGACAAUUAACGGCAAUGUUUAAGAAAAACAUUGAUUUAAAAAAAUAUCUAUAGGACUUUCAUUACUUAGGACUCUUCAAUUAUUUUGAAAAUAAAGACAAAAUCUAUGGUUAAAAAUGUACGUCAAUACGAUUUAUUAACAAAAGUUUUAAAUGACAUCAUAAACAACAAAUAAUACAGUAUCUUAUUUCCUAGUUAGUCAUAAGAAAACUGUAAUUUAAAGCAUUCCCUAUUUAUUUACUACCAUAACGGUAGAAAAUUUAUGAAAUGGUAACACUUAUCAACGCAUUUACGACCUAAUUAUUAUCAUCAGUAUUAAAUUAACAAAAUAAUGUUAGAAAUGGGAAAAUCUACCAACAAGCCAGCUUAUCACUGCCAGAUAAUGUUGCCAUAUCAAAUUUACCCUUCGAUGUUGCUAUGUGGAAACUUAAAUUUCUACCAAGGGUUGUUGGUAGAUUUCUCGUAGGUUUAAGGUUAAUGUACCUAUUAAAAUGUGUUGCUUAACGAGACGCUAGGGGGCGUCAAAUGCGCUUUUUAUUAAAAAAUAAGAAAUAUUGUCUAUAAACUUUAUAAGUUAUUUGUCGUAAUAAAAGAUGUUAGAUAUAA